ACAGAUAUGUAUUCUUUUAUUUGUUAUAUGCUUUGGACUCCAAGUCAAAAUGAUGAAUAAAAACACAUAUUAUAUUGGCUUCUGUAAUGAUCACAGAGUUCUCGUCAUGUUAAUUAGGCUGAAUGACAAACUGAACUUGUCAAAGCCAUAUGUAAUGUAUGGUGUUGUGAUACCCUCAACCAUAAUUUGCAGGUAAUUGCAUAGAUUUUAAAUAAUAAUUUCAUUGGCAUGUAGUGAUCACUUGGUAGAACUUGGAUAUAUAUAGUGAUCCACUAUGCCUAUAUAUAUAGGCUGCAAACUUAUAGAUUUUAUAUAAUAUAAAACACAACCAUGUCUAUCAUAUUGAUGUUUAUUGGAGUAUUAUUAUCUUCCACUGCAGUAGAGUUUAUUUUCUAUCUAAUAUAGUGUCUCUUCUUGUGUAAUCAUUUCUCUCUUGAUUAGUAUAUUUAUGUUAUACACAUAUUUACGCAACAAUUAUUUAAUGCUGCUAAAUUUGUUGCAUUUUUGUGUGUUUAUGCAGAAAAUUCAACAUCAGGAAUGAGGCCACCAACUCUUAACAUUUUUCCUUCUGAGCCUAUGCAUGCUAACAUGGAGUUACUUUCUCCGGAAACAAGUGGAUCAAGGAAAACCAAUCUACCAAAACAAGUCUUCUCUGGCUCUGAACCAUCCAAAACUGUCAAGCAGCCAGAGAGAAAUCAUGGUAAGGGUCCAACUUCAAGUUCUGAACAUGAAGGACCUAAAACACCAGAUCCCAAGCAGCCAGAGAGAAAUCAUGGUAAGGGUCCAACUUCAAGUUCUGAACAUGAAGGACCUAAAACACCAGAUCCCAAGGUUACUACAACUACUCUCUCAUGA